UUUUAUAAAUCGUCCCCCAUUUUCAAAACAUAUGGGUCCAAGCACCCCGACACUACAACCGUUUUGGCACUAUAUAGAGUUGACUAAAAUAUUUUUGUUUAUGUAUAUACACCUACACAGCUACACUACACUUUCAAGUUUUAAAUGCAUGGGAACAACAGCCGCCCGCUUGGAGUAUUUUUGUGUUCACUGUUCAUGCAAGAGAAUCAGAAGAACGAACGUUCUACAUUCCACGUGGAGGGAAUCACGGAAUGCGACUACUUAUUUCUACAAAAACCAUAUAUACUUUUGUUUAAUCGCUUUGGAUUAUAGCGGGUGUAGUUUCUUGGGCAUUUGCGAAAAUUGCGAAAUGGGUAUCUUAAGUUUUCGUCAGUUCAAUCUUAUAAAACCUGUGGAAUCAGAAUCACUUCUGAAUUACAGUAGAUGUAGCUCAUCAAGUUUUGUCUGGGUAUUUGCCAGCAGAACCACUUUUCGGUUUUCUUUCUGGUUCAACAAACAAAAAAGCAAAUUUGGCAUCUGUUCAUUCAUGAAUCCUGAGAGCACGUAACCUGUUCGACUAAAUGCCUAUGAGAGGUUACAUUAUAAGUUACGAUUGUGAGAGAAAAAAAAAACAAACUUUUGCAUUGAAAAACAGGGUUUAAUUAAGUCUAAGGAGUUGAUCAAGGGUUUUAGUUUAAUCAAUUCUUCUUGUUCCUUUCAUGCUUUGGAAUAAGUUGUAGGGUGAUCUUAAUAUCGUAUCAGUUAUCAUCUUAAAAGUGGUAAAAAAUAUGUCUUCUGAUGAUGCCAAAGAAGACUCCAGAUCUUUGGCUUUAACUCCAACAUGUUCUAUUGCUAUUGUUAUGACUAUCUUUGUUCUUGUCUCUUUACUUGUGGAGGAAUCAAUUCGUUACUUAAGCAAUUGGUUGAAGAAAAUGAAACGCAAGCCAAUGCUUGCAGCUGUUGAGAAAAUGAAAGAAGGGUUGAUGCUUCUUGGCUUCAUAUCACUCCUUCUUGCAGUUACCUCCAGUAGUAUAUCAAAUAUUUGUAUCCCUUCAAAGUUUUAUGAUACUGCAUUUUCUCCAUGCAACAAGCCUGAUAAGAAUCAAGAAAACAAGGAUCAUAGUAAACAACAACUUUUGAACAAAUUAAAUCACAAAAUCUGUCAAAAGGAUUAUGAGCCAUUUGUAUCUGAUGAAGGACUUGAGCAACUACACCGUUUUAUUUUUAUAAUUGCAAUUACACACAUAUCAUAUAGCUGCUUAACCAUGCUUCUGGCAAUAGUGAAGAUUCACCAAUGGAGGAUAUGGGAAGAUGAUGCUCAAAUGGAUCAGCAUGAUGUCCUAACUGAGUUAUCAAGAUAUGAGACAACAAAGAGGCAAUCAGCAAUUGUUGAAUUCCAUAUGUCAAAUCCAUUGAUUAGGAAUGGCUUCUUGAGUUGGAUGGUUUGUUUUUUUCGGCAAUUUGGAAGUUCAGUUGUUCGUGCUGAUUACCUUAUGUUGCGUAAAGCCUUCAUCAUUAACCACAACCUCACAUCGAAAUUUGAUUUCCACAGCUAUAUGAUUCGCUCUAUGGAAGAAGAAUUUCAAAGGAUAGUUGGAUUGAGUGGCCCUCUUUGGGGAUUUGUUGUGGCUUUUAUGCUGUUUAAUGUGAAAGGAUCUAAUCGUUAUUUCUGGAUUGCUUUACUUCCUGUUACUCUUGUUUUAAUCAUGGGGACAAAACUACAACAUGUUAUCGCUACUUUGGCUCUAGAAAGUGCUGGAAUUACUGCAUAUUUUACUAAAACUAAGCUAAACCCUAGAGAUGAGCUUUUUUGGUUUAAGAAGCCAGGGCUAUUAUUGUCAUUACUCCAUUUUAUUCUUUUUCAGGUGAAAUAUUCAUUAUUUUUUUUCUUGUUGAAAAUUGGACUAAAUUUUCAGUGCUUGUUUCAGAAUGCAUUCGAGCUGGCUUCUUUCUUUUGGUUUUGGUGGCAAUUUGGAUAUAAUUCUUGCUUUCUAAACCAUCAUUUGAUCGUGUAUUUACGCCUGAUUUUGGGGUUUGCUGGACAGUUUUUCUGUAGCUAUAGUACUUUACCAUUGUAUGCUUUGGUUACUCAGAUGGGGACAAACUACAAAGCUGCAUUAAUUCCGGAGAGAAUAAGAGAGACGAUGAAUGAAUGGAGAAAGGAAGCUAGGAGAAGGAGAAGGAGAAGGAGGAGAAAGUUUAGCUUUAGCAUGUACGGCGAUGAUUCACCGGCGAUAUCCGUCGAGGAAUUCGACCACGGCGAGCUUAAUAGUCCUCGAGCCGCUACAACGCGUAACCACCGUUUGGAAAUCGAAUUACAACCACCGGUCCUCCGCCAGUCUGCUUCCGUAUCUUCUUCAGCUUCACCACGCUUUCUGUCGGAGAUCAUCACAAGAGCGUAUUCCUUGCCCUCCCGAAACCACUCAUGGUAAAAUUAGGGUUUUGUUAAUAGCUAAUUUGUAACAUUUUAUAAUAAACACGAAGGGAAUUGACUUUGAUUUCAUAGGAACGAUUGAGACAUGAGACAAAUGAGUUUUUAUUUAAUAGAGAAAUUACAUUUAAGCAA